CACCAAUUGAAAUGACCGAGGCGGAGAAAAACGACGCAUGUAGCGGAGUCGCGGUCGAUGCAGCUCAAGUAUCCGACCUCAAACGACCAGUAUCCGAACUAUCUGAUACUACUCCAGGGGAACAUGAUGAGCCAAUUGGGAAGAAGAUAAAGGUGGAGCCAAUAGAGACCGCAACCGCCGACGCCUGUGACACUGAAGAGCAAGUGACGAAAAGCCACGACGGUACCUUCGAAUCAGCAGAUCAGCAGGAAAUCAAAGACGAAGGAUGUAGCUCGCCGGACGUGAAAACAAAGCAGCCAUCGGCAAAAAAGGGCAGAAAGCAAGGUCGAGUUUGGGUUCCAAGAGAAGAUACGGGAGAGCCUAAAGAACCAAAGCUACCUAAAAGAAAAGUGGCUCUUUUGAUGGGUUAUUGUGGAACUGGGUAUAAUGGAAUGCAAAUUAACCCUGGAGUAGAGACUAUCGAGCUCGAGCUUCACAAGGCGCUGGCUGCCGCCGGAGCUGUUAGCAAAGAUAAUGCGAUGGACCCACAUAAGAUCGCAUUCAUGAGGGCUGCAAGAACGGACAAGGGAGUACAUGCUGCUGGGCAGGUAUGCUCUCUCAAAAUGAUAAUCGAAGAUCCGGAUAUUGUUACGAAGAUAAACAGUCAUUUACCUGAGCAAAUUCGUAUUUGGGGCUUUGUAAGGACAAAUCGCUCAUUCCACGCCAAAAAUGCUUGCGAUGCACGUAUCUACGAAUACUUCUUGCCGACAUAUGUACUUCAGGCGGUAGAUCCACGUCUGUAUCCGUUGAGCGCGGUUGGAAAAAAAGCUGGCAUAAAAGAUGCACAACUGUCCUUUGAUUAUGUGGAGUUGCCAAAGACAGAGCAGAAAGACUUGGAAAACAAGCGUAGCUUCAGAAUAGAACCAGAACAGCUUGACCUGCUAAGGUCCAUUUUGAAGGAAUAUGAGGGAACGCACAACUUUCACAACUUCACAGUAAACAAACGUUUUGAAGACAGGAGCGCAAACCGCUAUAUUAUCAGUUUUGAGGCCAGCGAUCCCAUCAUUCGAGGUGGCAUCGAAUGGGUGAAAUGCAAGGUGCUGGGACAAUCAUUCAUGCUUCAUCAAAUCCGAAAGAUGAUCGGCCUCGCUAUAAUGAUGGUCAGAACUGGAACUCCGGCAUCGUUAGUGGAGCGGACCUUUGAGAAUGAAAAGUUAAACAUCCCGAAAGCGCCAGCGUUGGGGCUCCUCUUGGAUAAGACAUUGUUUCGAAUGUACAACCAGAAGCGCUCCUCGGGAGAAGAUGAUGCCGUUGAUUUCAACAAGUAUCAGGAUGUCAUUGAUGAGUUCAAAGAAAAAUGGAUAUACUCCAAACUGGUACAGGAAGAGCUCAAUGACGCCCAGUUCGACGAAUGGGCGCGAGUAAUUGAUUCAAGAUCGGCCGAAUACGCGUGGUACUUCAACGACGACGCUACAAUAUCCACUGAACGCAGGCCUCCUUAUCUAGAGAAAGGGGCAAAAGGGUUAAAGUCAGAUAGACCUCUUCCUCCCGGCGCCGUGGACCUGGUUGGAGAUCUGGAUGAUGAUGCAGAAGGCGGAGACGAGUAAAGCGAAUGUAGGAGGGGUUAGAUGCUGACACUAUAUAUUUAAAAUUACUUCUGCAUGUUUUAGCUACGCUAAUCCGUGUGAGCGUAGUCGGAGAGUUAGCUCUUCGAUACGACGGUCUUUGAGGUCUACCAAUUGCUCGAGCUUGCAUAUUUUGAGUUGCAACAUCUGUAAUAGCUUGGUUUGUCAACGGUUAUCCUCUGACAAUGGAUGCAUUAUCAGACA